AUGGUUCACGGGCCACUUGACAUGCCUCGCUUAGCAUGUCAGCAGUCAAAGGACCCCCAACUUGACAACCUCUCGAAAGGACCAGACGACGAGAUGUCGAGCAUCUCAUUUGACUUAAACGAGCUACUAUACGCAAAGCUAGACAGUGAAAUCACGGCCCGAGCGAUAGUGAACGACUUCUUAGAUGCGAAGUGUAAAAGGCUAAAGGAUUACGACUUUUUUACAAUGACGAAGGACAAUACGAGACGAGGCCUUAAGUUUGCUACUCUUAUUAGCCUUAAGGAACACUUGCUGUCUAAAGGCGUGUGGUGCCCCCUAAAGCAAAAGGGCUACGCUAAUAGGAUGGAAAUAAAAGAGCAACAGGCAACACCUUUAAGCUUCGAUUCAAAGUGGACCGAAAACCUUACGGACGACGAGGAUAAUACGCUUCAACCACCUCCACCACCCUUACGAAGUCCAAAAGGGAAGGAAAAGGAAGAAGAGGAAGAGAUUCGGAAGUUACGCGAAGAGUUUGCGAAAGAGAGGAGAGAUAUAGAGCAAAAUAUAAAGAUUUCCGUGCCCAACUUAAGCAACUCGAAAGGGGAAUUCAGCAACCCGAGGGGGGGAUCUAGCACCCUCGGACGUACCGACAAGCUCCUCAGAUCCUUUAACAGGCCACGUAUCGACAAGAAGGAUACUAAAGGUAUAAGAAUCGCUAAGAACGCGCCCAAGGGUACGGAUAUCACCAAGCUGGAGCCCCGGCUAGUGACCCAAAUAGCCUUAGCGAUCUUGACGAUGACCGACGAAAGGGAAACGAAAGAGAUUAGCAAGGAGAUCGAGGCUACGGAUACGGAAAGGGGAUUCGGAAACGGACCUUUAAAGGACCCCGGAUUCGGAAAUGAGCCUCUUAAGGACUCUAGAAGAGGACGGACCACCGGCAACUAUAUCGGUAACCCUUUACCGAUCAGAUUAUUAGCUAAGCACAACACGCUUGCGUACGGCACUCUAAGCGCCUUUGACGAUGAUGAUGACGAUUUCCUUGAGCUAAGAGCAACUGACCUUUACUUAAGAGCAAAGGAGUUGGCCUUGUUUGCAAGAAGCUUUCUUAAGGAACUAAAGUAUUCGGGACCCGACGAUGACUUCAAGACCCAAUUAAGUUUAAGGGACGAUCGAAGUCUUGUUAACAAGCUGUAUUCAGCUUGUAAAAACGUGCUAAAGACUACGAUUGCACGAAUGAACCUUGCGUUUACCUUCACCGCCGCAGUUGCCGACAUCCGCCGAGCAAUUGCAUUUGCAACUGAGCUGACUCCGAUUUGGACGAGGAAUACGAAUGCUUUAUUUAAGACCGCUAAUACUUCGGAGUUUAUCGCAGGCCUACUAGACGAGCCGCCCGAAUCGAGCAGCCACGCCAAUAUAUCAAAAGGUUUUGUAACUACCUACGGCACCUUUGACGCUGACGAAGUAUACAAGCAACUAGAGAUUCAGACGGCAUUCCACGCCCUUACCAGCCAAAUCGAGACCCAAAACGUACCUACGGGCAAAGUAGAGACCUAUAUGGCCUCCAAGUACUCUGAAAACGUAUUCAUAGGCCUUAUGAUUAAUAGCGGAGCAGCCAAUUUCUUUACCGCUAGCUUGCCCUAG